AUCACAACCACCAGCACAAAGCCGUGUGCAGUUGUGGGCGCUUGCUCCUAUGCUACUAAUAAGAGCUGCCUCCGAAUCGCUGCCCUAUUCACCGGGCCGUCACGGACAUUCCCUGGGCGUCGUUGGGCCUCCGCGACACUGCACAGACUGCACAGUCAACAUGCCCGUGUAGCGCAUACGAGGACCAAGGAACCGCACCAGCCCGCAACACCGUCCGAGGGCAAUCGCACCCCUUACACGCUCUCCGCCCUGGAGUCGCCAUCUCGCAAGGCAGUCUCGCCGAGGCGGCCCUCUCUACAAUCAUGGGGGACUCACCCGGCUCCGGCGUCUCGCCCAAGACGGGCAGCCCUCGCUCUGUCUCGCCCAUGACGAAGGGUGAUGCCGUGACGGACAAGCCGACCGACCCUUCGCGCGCCCUCUCUCCUCUGCGAGUCGCCCACAGCGCCAACGAGACGAAAGAGCUGUCCGCGGCAGCCACAAACGGCGCGCCUGCCAUCACGACGUCUGCCCCGACCGGCGAGCCGCUGUCGCCCCCCGAGCUCGACGAGUUCCCCUUCCACGCGCCGGCGUCGUCCAUCGAGCCGCGACCUACGAAUGAGCUGAUGAAUGGCGAUCCGGCCGUAAAGGUGCCCUCGGCGUCUGCUCGCCCUGCUAAUGGCUCUGCCGGCCCACAGCCUCCCAUUGCCCCCGUCUCACGUCGCCCCACCGCCGAGGGCGAGGAAUCAGACGCACCCAAGGGACGUCGAAGCGUCCAGUUCGCCCGCACCACCACAUUCGGCUCCGAGCCGCAAGCCCACUCGCGACACCAGUCAUGGGACACGGAAGAGGUGGAAGGAAAGGGCAAGGAGCGGGAGCGGGAGCGCGAACGUCAGGGCUCGUCGUUGAUCACAAAGCUGAAGGCCUUGGCAGCACCCAUGGCGUUGCAGGGCCAUGGCCGAAGUCUGAGUGCUUUCACGGGAGGAGCCCCGCCUCUUCACGAAGGCUCGCCGCGCGCGCCCCUUUCCCCGGCUUCGGAGCGUGAUGAGUUCCGAUACGACGGCCAGGACAGCGAGGCCGAUGCCGAUGCUGAGGAAAGCGCUGGCGAGGGUCCCUCACGGCCGCCCCGAAGGAGAAGGAAGAGCCGCCGCUGGUUCGACGAAGGCGACCAAGGAACACAGACGGCGCCCACGACGCCGAAGAACACAAACGCCCACUUCUUCGCCAGAGAUUCGCCUACCGCCACACCCACGUCCUCGCAACCCCACCGGCCAGGCUUCCUACGCAGAGGCACCAUGAGCGACAUCCCCGAACAUCAGCGGCAGGGCGUAUCCGAGGAUGAGGGCCGCGACCGGCUGGCCAAGGAAAGCGCAUGGACGAGAGGCCUCCACAGCGCCAGAGGACUUUCAUACGGUGGUCUGCGCCGACACGAUCCAAAUGCAGAAGAUGCCGAAAAGCGACCGAGUAACCUACGGAGAUUGACACAAUUUGGCGCCGGCGCCUCGGGAGAUGCACAGCCCUCUCCCUGGCGGAUCCGGAGUGAACGUACGUCGAGCCUGAGCGCGCAGAAAUGGAAGUCAAUCAAGAACAGUCUCAGGCUGCUGGGCACGCGAGCGAAAGCUGAGCGCCAGGUCGAUCAUGCCAAGUCCGCUGAGCUGAUGGCCGAGUUGUUAGCAGGAGCCCCCGCAGCCUUAUUCCUCGCCAGCAUGUUUCAACGCGACGAGCAUGGCCACAAGCGCAUACCCGUCCUCCUUGAGCAACUCAAGGUGUCCAUCACCGACACCGAGCAGACCGGAGAGAAAGAAGGAGAUCGUCAUACUGCGCUUCGCAUUGAGCUGGAAUACGGCAGUGGUCUCACUCGGAUGAAGUGGGUCAUUUACAGAUCCGUCCGCGACUUCGCCAACCUCCAUCUAAAGUUCAAGCUCCAGGAAAAGCAAAAUGCUUUCCUGAACCGUCCUGGGAAAUCAAAAGACCCGAAGGACAAGUUGAAAGACAAAUCCAGUGAAAAGGACGGGGAGAAGGAAGAUCCUACGCCAAAACUACCACGCUUCCCGAAGAGCGUCCUGCCCUAUCUCAGAGGCCUCCGAGGCUACGGCAUGCUUGACGACGAGGAAGAAGAGGAGAGGGAGGAGGCGGGCCAUGCCAGCCAAGGCGACGGCGAAGGUAGUGGCACAGAUAGGCCGGGCAAGGUGAGCCGUCGCAAAUCGUCCUUCCACCUCAGCCGUAGGAAGUCAAGCAUCGGUAGCCCAGACCAAGGUGGUGGUGGUGGUGGCGGCGUCGUGGGUCAGCUUGCAGCGAGACAAGGCAGCUUUGCGGGAGCGAUCGGGGCGCCCAUCCACAGCAAACAAACACACCAAGAACGACAGCGCAAGAAGCUCGAAACCUACCUAAAGGAGUUGAUUACCUACCUCAUCUUCCGGCCCGACAGCAACCGUUUGUGUAAAUUCCUAGAGCUGUCUUCCCUGGGGGUCCGACUGGCCGCCGAAGGUGGCUACCACGGAAAAGAGGGAUUCAUGAUGAUCAAGUCCUCGAAAGGUGUCGACAGCAGGAAGAAAUGGACCUCGACAUCAAUGAUGCAACGACACUGGCCAAAGUGGUUCCUAGUGAGACAUAGCUAUGUCGUUUGUGUCGACUCGCCAGAGGAAAUGAAUGUAUACGACGUAUUUCUGGUGGAUUCGGAUUUCACCAUAGAGUCCAAGUCGCAAAAGCUGAGAGACAAGAAAGCCCGGGACAUCGCUAGCGACGCCAAGGCAUCCGCGACUGGCCAUCAUCAACUGCGGUUGGUCAAUUCCGAACGAAAGAUGAAACUGUUAGCCAAAAACGACAGGCAGUUAAAGCAGUUUGAGGAGUCGAUCCGAUUCAUGGCACGCAGCACCCAAUGGGCCAACACGCAGCGUUUCCAGAGCUUUGCGCCUGUACGAAAGGGCAUCUACGCGCAGUGGCUUGUCGAUGGCCGCGACUACAUGUGGAAUGUCUCUCGAGCGAUCAGUAUGGCCAGGGAUGUCAUCUAUAUCCAUGACUGGUGGUUAAGUCCGGAGUUAUACAUGCGACGUCCACCUGCCAUCAGUCAGAAGUGGAGACUUGACAGGCUCCUCCAACGGAAAGCACAGGAAGGCGUUAAAGUUUUUGUUAUAAUGUACCGCAACGUCAACGCCGCCAUUCCGAUCGAUUCGGAAUAUUCAAAGUUCUCGCUCUUGGAUCUCCACCCCAAUGUCUUCGUCCAGCGAUCACCAAACCAGAUUCGGCAGAAUACCUUUUUCUGGGCACAUCACGAGAAGAUCUGCAUCGUCGAUCACACCAUCGCAUUCUGUGGGGGGGUGGAUUUGUGUUUCGGUCGUUGGGAUACGCCUCAGCAUGCUGUGGUCGACGACAAGUUAACUGGUUUCGAGGUUGACGACAGUCCCAAAGAUGCGGAUCAUUGUCAGUUAUGGCCAGGAAAGGACUAUUCCAAUCCCCGUGUUCGGGAUUUCUUCGACCUGGACAAGCCUUAUGAGGAGAUGUACGAGCGCAGCAAGGUCCCUAGGAUGCCAUGGCACGAUAUUGGCAUGCAAAUUGUUGGCCAGCCAGCCCGCGAUCUGACACGCCAUUUCGUUCAGCGAUGGAAUUACCUGUUGCGUCAACGAAAGCCCUCACGGCCGACUCCUUUUCUGCUCCCGCCUCCCGACUUCAUCCCUGCCGAUAUCGAAGCGCUCGGACUUGAUGGGACCUGCGAAGUGCAGAUCCUUCGGUCUGCUAGUUCCUGGUCGCUUGGGACUCCCAACAGAACCGAACAUAGCAUCAUGAACGCUUACGUUCAAAUGAUAUCCACCUCCGAGCAUUUUGUCUACAUCGAGAAUCAGUUCUACAUCAGCACCUGCGAAGUCCUGGGUACGAAGAUCGAGAACAAGAUCAGCGAUGCGCUUGUUGAUCGUAUCAAGCGGGCGCACAAGAACCAAGAAGACUGGCGGGCGUGUAUCGUCAUUCCGCUUAUGCCUGGAUUUCAGAAUACGGUUGAUCAGCAAGAGGGAAGCAGUGUACGCUUGAUUAUGACGUGCCAAUAUCGCAGCAUAUGCCGGGGGGAGACCUCCAUCUUCGGGCGCCUCCGUGCAGUUGGUAUCGAGCCGGAGGACUAUAUCCAGUUCUACGCCCUGAGGUCCUGGGGCGAGAUUGGGCCUACCAAGUCCCUGGUCACGGAACAGCUCUAUAUUCACGCCAAAUGUAUGAUUGUUGAUGAUCGAGUCGCAAUCAUCGGCUCAGCAAAUAUCAACGAGCGAUCAAUGCUUGGAUCGCGCGAUUCCGAAGUUGCGGCCAUCGUAAGAGACACCGAGGUGCUAGAUUCGUACAUGGCUGGGGAGCCAUACAAAGUUGGAAAGUUUCCUCAUACCCUCCGCGUGCGCCUCAUGCGAGAACAUCUGGGCGUUGAUGUUGAUGCAAUCUUUGAGGAAGAAUGGGAAAGCCGACGAUCUGACGUCGAUAGCAACGGCUUUCAUACCGAAUCGUCUUCACCGUCGUCACCCACAAAUGAUCGAGACACUGAGCAGAAGUUGACUGAGAAUAGGCAUCGCUUAGAAGACGAUCUGAUUGCGCGUGCUGAGAGGCUGCAUAGCUUCAACCACGACAUCGAUUGGGAGCAGGAGAAUAACCCCCAUCUUAAAACGAAUAAGAAGCCCACCUCUGAUGCUAGGGUAUCCAAUAAUCCGGCACACCAGAAGGAUGUGCGUGGAGAAGGGGCGGACAACAUGCGCGAAAUUGAGAGCGAGCGGCCCAGCAUAUCGCAUGGGCGAGAUUCCUACAUCAAUGAGAAGAAUCAGGAGAUCCUGCUGUCCGAUGUCGCGUCCGAAAGCGUAGGUCAAACUCCGAGGAAAAGCUCCACCAGGAGCCGAGGCAGGAGCAAUACCACAAACACAAAGACAAGCGGUCACAGUAGUGUUCCUGACGGCUUUGCCGGCCUGCCGCCACCUCGUAUGCCCCGUAUGGAUACUAGACAGCUCGGCCUUCCGCAGCUCAGCACGUUGCCCUCUCUCCCUCUCUCGGAUGACACUGAUAUCGGCGGGCCUCCACUUCAGCGCUCCUUCAGUGCAGAGUCCCAUCCGGUCAUCAUGCCUCUCCUGUCAGAGAUGCGUCGGCCUAUGGUCACAGAGGAUUGCAUGCGCGACCCGUUGAGCGACUCGUUCUAUCUUGAUGUCUGGCACGCGGCUGCCGAGAACAAUACGAAGAUAUUCCGACAAGUCUUCCGCUGCAUGCCGGACAACGAGGUCAAAACGUGGAAGGAGUACAAGGAGUACGCUGCGUUUGCUGAGCGCUUUAGCCAAGCCCAAGGCGCGGGCAAAUCCUCUACGCGGAAGCAGCAAGAAAACCCCGGGAAGACUGGUCCCCCUGGUGUCGGCACGGCGGAUAAGAUUGUAUCAUUACCAGGCAACACGGCCAAGCAGUUCGAAGCUCUCGGCGAGAAGCUCACUGAGAAGAUGUCGAAGCAGAGUGAGGAGAACCAUACUUCUAGGAUAGGCAAUGUGGAACAGUGGGCGCAAGAUCAGGAGAAGGAGCAGCACGCCCAGCACGCGCCAUCUACUCUCCAGCUCAACAUCCCCCAAAGCGGAGACACAGACGAGAAGAGCGCGAUGAAAGCCGCCGACGACGCCACUGUGUCGCCCAUGAACGCCACUCCCCCCAACCACACUAUGACCUUUCCCCCUCCCCCACCCAUCCCCGGGGCCACGGAAACUACCGACUUCGCCAAUAGCAACGGCAACGGCAACCUCGGCCGCGCGCGCACAGUAACCAUUUCGGAGCCCCAGCGUGAAGGGGCGCAGAGCCGCGCGCAUGCCAACACAAUGGGUAGCAAGCGCUCACGUAGAAGAGCCACGACCAAGAGCUCAACUAGAGCUUUCCACGCUAACGACGACAACAUUUUGCUGGAGACGGACGAUGCGAAGAAGUUGUUGGAGUUGGUGCAGGGUCACCUUGUCGUGUGGCCGUAUGAAUGGUUAGAGGCAGAGGAGUCGAAUAAUGGGUGGCUGUAUACUGUGGAUCAGAUUGCGCCGUUAGAGAUUUACACGUAACGUUACGUCAUUGCUUUCACACACUCUGGCCAGAGUCUAUCAGUAUCUGCUCCCCUCCGCAUCAUUGUCUGGCCGUUUGGCCCAAAAUUGAGCAUUUCCUGGCGUUCUUUGUCUGAGCUUUUGUAUCUUGCAUGAGCGCAGGCCUUGACUUCGUCUCGUUCUUGUUGUAUCAUCACUGUGACUGGCGGCUAGACCGAACCCCUUUGCAUAGCGCGUGGCCAUGUAUAUAUCUGCACCUUUACAUACGGACGCGGUUUCGAUUCCUCGUAUCGUGUAAGAGAUUAAAGAAUAGAAGGGACGUUCGCGGCUAGAAUUGCAGCUGAUGUUUUCGAUAUCCGGCCUAUCUUUAUAGAGCUGGAAGGGAGUCACUACCGCAUGCGGGUUCACAGAUAUUUUAGUUACAUGGAGCGGAGGGAGCCUGGCAGAGGAGAAGCGCAGAUAAUAUUACUUCUUAAGGCUGUUCUUACUUUAAUAGCUGCAAAUAACUGCCUAUAC